AUGCAUUGCUUACUUGCGCUGGAAAGCAAACGUGCAGACCUACUUGCAUGUCCUUGGCUCGUGGACGUUGCCAAAUGCAGUGUGUCGGGCGGCAACAUGCCGCGGGUAGGCCAUGGGCCUGCAACAGAGGAGAGGCGCCUCAACAGCGGGCUCCAGACGUUGCCUUCAGGCAUCAAUGCCUUUCCCGUUGCAAGACACAGCCCUUUCCAUCGAAGUAUAAAUCAAAAGAUGCCGGAGCUAUGGUCCGACUUCUCGGAAAGGGGAUUGCCGCAUGGCCGCGCUGGAACCCACGAGCGGAUUGACAACUACCAUGGAGACCCGGAGUUGUCAAAUCGUGAAGCUCCAGUUUCGGCACGACCCGGGCAAGUGGUGUUCGUCGGGCUGGCAGAAUUCGACAUGGAUGGCAGGGCAUUCACUGGCGGGGAGAUGGACCGCAUGAUGAUGAUCGCUGCUUCACAAAAGUACCCUUGUUCACGCCCAGCGACUUUUGACGAGUACGCUGAGAAGUCUAUUCUCGGCCUUCCCCAGCGAAAUACCAGCGGCCGCGAUGUGGUCUUCGUCGGGCCCGGCGCGACUGGCUGCGAGUUGUUCCAUACCAACACCCUAGGAGUGCAGAAAGCCGUCGUUCCGCCUGGCGACACGUUCGAUGGAACGUGGGGAGCUGCUUCGCUCUACGGGCGGAAAUGCAUUCUCUGUGUUUACCCUCUCCAGCGUCUGAAGAAGCAGCAGAGUCUGGUGCAGUUCGGCCUUGCACGGAGCACCGUUGGAAGGUCUGGGCGUCUCCGCCGGGCAGGCAGCCUGGCCUCGCUGUCGGACACCACCCAGUGGACAACCAGUAACUUCGGUGCCUCCAACCAGGCACAGACCACUCAGCGAAUGGAUCAGUUUUUCCGCUGA